AUGAAAAAAAGCAUAAAAGGGCUUCUCUUAAUUUAUUUCCUAAUUUUUUUAGAAGGGUAUUUUUGUAUAGGCUUGUUCAGCACAAGUGUUUUUCCAAGAGAAUUUACUAAAACCGUGGAAAGACAUCUACGAGAGGACUAUGGAGAUAGAGACGUGGCCGUUUUUAGGGAAAUAAUAAGAAAUUACAAAAACAACGAUGUAUUUCUAAGCCCUACUGAUGAGGAGGACUUAAAGGCUUCCAUGAAAAGAUACGCAGGAGAUCGCUUUAUUAAGGAUUACGAAAAUUUACUAAAUGAAAAAUCAACAGAUUCAAAGAGAAUAUUAGCAAAGUCUAUGAUAAAUUUAAUCAAACAGCAAUUUAUCAAAUUAAAAGAAAUAGAAGCACAAUAUGUUACACCAAAUUUUGAACAAUACAAACAAAUCAUAGAAUUAAAACCCCAAAUAUUAGACUUAGACGCAGACACACCAUGUAAUACAGAGGCGGAGUGCAAAAAAUUAGAGAAUAUGAUGAAUAUAUGUACAUAUGUUAGAGGAGGAGCUGAUUUUGCAUAUGACAUUUUUUUGGUAACAACUCAUGUUGUAAAUAGUAUGAUAGCAGUAUUAUGUGCCUGUAUUUUCAUUGGCCCUGUACAUGUUUGCGCUUUAAAAAAUUUCCCGUACACGUGCAAAUUGCCGUACCCCGUCUUUUCAACACUGUUUAUGGCUACAUCAGCCGUUUGGGAAGUGGUAAAAGCUGCUACUGCUCUUUGUAGGGUGUAUGGAGAUUUGUCCGUUAUGUCAAAAAUGGUGUGA